UCCUUGUGGAGUCUGAAGCGUGGCCACGCCCCGGUCACCGAAAAAAAAAAAGUGUGACGUCAUAAAACCUACGCGUCGCGCGGGGGCUAGGAGUUGGCGGACGGUCCCUGGCUGGCUUCCGUAGGCCUUGGGACCGCGGAAGAGGCUCAGAAGGUGCAGCGAUGCCUCGCCCACGGCGGGUCAGUCAGCUCCUGGAUCUAUGCCUUUGGUGCUUCAUGAAGAAUAUUUCCAGAUAUAUCACAGACAUUAAGCCUUUGCCUCCCAACAUAAAAGAUAGACUGAUUAAAAUAAUGAGCAUGCAGGGGCGGAUAACAGAUUCAAAUAUAAGUGAGAUUUUACAUCCUGAAGUCCAAACUCUAGACCUACGGAGCUGCGAUAUAUCAGAUGCUGCUCUCCUGCACCUGUCUACCUGUAGAAAACUAAAGAAAUUAAAUUUAAAUUGUUCAAAAGGGAAUCGAGCUUCCGUAACUUCAGAAGGAAUAAAAGCUGUGGCUUCAUCUUGUUCAUAUCUACAUGAAGCUUCUUUGAAACGAUGCUGCAGUCUCACUGAUGAAGGAGUCGUUGCUCUUGCACUCAAUUGCCAGCUGUUAAAGAUCAUCGAUUUAGGUGGCUGCUUAAAUAUUACUGAUGUGUCCUUACAUGCAUUAGGAAAAAACUGCCCGUUUUUGCAGUGUGUUGACUUUUCAGCUACUCAGGUAUCUGACAGUGGUGUGAUUGCACUUGUUAGUGGACCUUGUGCCAAGAAAUUAGAGGAGAUUCAUAUGGGACAUUGUGUAAAUCUGACUGAUGGGGCUGUUGAAGCUGUCCUUACUUACUGUCCUCAGAUACGUAUAUUACUCUUCCAUGGAUGCCCCUUGAUAACAGAACCUCUGGUACAACGUUGGAUAGAAAUGGCAAGAGUGGACAUCCUGGCUGGGCACAGUGGCUUGUGCCUGUAAUCCCAACACUUUAGGAGGACAAGGCAGGUGAAUCAGGUCUCGAACUCCUGAGGUCAGGAGUUUGAGACCAGCCUGGCCAACAUGGUGAAACCCUGUCUCCACUAAAAAUACAAAAAAUUAGCUGGGUGUGGUGGCGGGUGCCUAUAAUCCCAGCUCCUCAGGAUGCUGAGGCAGGAGAAUCACUUAAACCCGGGAAGCAGAGGUUGCAGUGAGCCAAGGUCACACCAUUGCACUCCAGCCUGGACAAGAGUGAGACUCUGUCUCAAAAAAAAAAAAAAGUGAACAUCCUGGUCUUGUCUUGAUUCUAGGAAAAAAACAUUUAAUUUUUCACUAUUAAGUAUGAUAUUAGCUAUAGGUUUUUCUUACUUGUUUUUGAGACAGGGCUUUGCUCUGUUGCUCAGGCUGGAGUACAGUGGCGUAAACACACUCCCUGCAAUCUCUGCCUCCCAGGCUCUAGCAGCUCCUCCUACCUCAGCCUCCAGAGUAGUUGGGACUACAGGCAUGUGCCACUACACUCGGCUUAUUUUCAAAUUUCUUUUGCAGAGACAAGGUCUCACUCUAUUUCCCAGGCUGGUCUUGAACUCCUGGGCUCAAGUGAUACUCUCACCAUGGCCUCCCAAAGUGUUGGGAUUGUAGGCAUGAGCCACUGCACCCUGCCAGCUAUGGUUUUUUCAUAGAUGCCCUUUAUCAGGUUGAGGAAGUUCUCUUCUAUUCUUAGUUGGUUGAAUGAAUUGGUUUUUGUCAAAUGGUGUUUCUUUUUUCUUUUCUUUUUUUUUGUUUGAGACUGAGUCUUACUCUGUCAUCCAGGCUGGAGUGCAGUGGCACCAUCUCAGCUCACUGCAACCUCUGCCUCCUGAAUUCAAGCGAUUCCCCUAUCUCGGCCUCGCAAGUAGCUGGGAUUACAGGCACCCACCACCAUGUCUGACUAACUUUUUUGGAUUUUUAGUAGAGACUGGGUUUGCCAUCUUAGUCAGGCUGGUCUUUAACUCCUGACCUCAGGUGAUCCGCCCUCCUCAGCCUCCCAAAGUCUGUGAUUACAGCGGUGAGCCACCACAUCUGGCCAAAUGGUUUCUUUGUCUAUUGAGAUGAUCAUGUGGUUUUAGUUCUUUGUUCUGUUAGAAUGGUGUAGAUGGUAAGCUGAAUAAUGCUCCCACCCACCAAAUGAUAUCCAUGUUCUAAUGCCCAAAAUAUGAGUAUGUUAUGUUACAUAAGGUUGCCAAUGGAAUUAAAGUUGCUUAUCAGUUGAUCUUAAAAUAGGGAGAUUAUCCUGGAUUAUCUAUCUAAACCCAAUAUAAUGAUAAGGGUCCUUAAAAGUAGAAGAAGGAGAGAGAGGGACCAUAGAGAUGGCAGCUUGAGAAGGACUCUGCCCAAUGUUGCUCACUUUAGAGAAGCAGGAAGGAAUGUAAGGAAUGUGGUGGUCUCUAGAAGCUAGAAAAGUCAAGGAAGUAGAUUCUCCUGUAGAGCCUCAAAAAAAAAAAAAAAAAAAGAUCAGACUUGCCUCUAAAAAGUAAUGCAGACCUGCCCACACCUGAUUUUAGCCCAGUGAGACCCAUUUUCGAAUUCUGACCUUCAAAAGUGUACAAUAACAAACUUUUUGCUUUAAGCCACUAAGUUUGUGGUAAUUGUUAUAGCAUGUUGGGGACCCUCCCGUGUGAGACUGCAAAGCAGGUGUUCACUAUACGGGAGGUUGACCCCAGAAGCAGAGCCCCCUAGGCAGAGGGAAGUAGAGAUAGGGAAGUCGAGGACAGGAAAAAAGGAGAAUUUAGCUAAAAGAUAACCAGACGGGGGAAACCAGAUGGCCCCCUGCAUUCAUGAGGAACAAACUUUUUUGCUAUAAGAAACUUGCUUAUGAGCACCAAAGAUAUUAUUAUCUUCCAUAGCCACCUUUUGCUUAGCUGUCAAUUUAUUGUACAGAACUGAUGAUUUAGCUACUUAUUUUUCUCCUUACCAUGACGUCAAUCAGACCCUGAAAACUAUAUAUUCUUAGCCCUCAGAUAA